GCGCCAUUUUGACCGUUUGUUAGGAUUGUAUGGGAACAGUUCGACUUUUCAAUUUUAUAAAACACUUUCUCAAGCGUUUAAUAAUUUCGAAUGAUUAAGUAUGAAUCUUUGAAGAGCUCCAAAUGUUAACUGGAGAGCGAUAUGUUAAUUGAUAUUCGGGGGUUUCUAUAAGAGAAAAUAAAGGUGCCAAGUUAGUUUUCCCAAAAGUAGAGUCGUAGACUCUCUGUGCGCUUCGGUGGUAAUAGUACAUGACUACGUGAUUUUGCAGUUUAAUCAUUAAAUGACAAGUUCUAAUAGAGUUUUGUUAUGCCAGUAAUGACGCUAGUUUUGUUUGUCAAAGUUGCUGUUCGUCUUCGUGGCCGCUAGAGGGCACAGUGCACUCAUAACGGUAAGAUACGUUUACUCCAUAAUGAGGGUAUACUAACUGCUAAAUGCCAUAAUCUUUUAAUAGAAUGAGUGAAAUUUUUAAAAAGUUGAAUGUCAAGUUUGAUAUGAUGCUUUGUGUGUCAGUGACAAAUUUAUUCAUGUAUUUUAAACCAUGUUUUGUCCUUAAAUGCCAUUACUUUCACCGCUAAAUUUACUGUAAAGGUGUGAAAAUAAUCUCGGUAGUUAAAUACAAGGAACACUGUGUAAUUAACUCAGUCAAAUUAUGUCAGUAGCAAGUGAAAAGCCCGGUUGUUUGUGUGCAAUUCAAGUGUGUUGAAGUAUAGUCACAAGGGGCACUAACGUUUAGAGCGCGUAAUAGCUUAUAUGUGCUUUAUUUUGAAAUCAUAUACCGGAAGUACACCUAUUUGUCACAUUGAUUGGCGUCACUUUAUCAAACAUCCAAUCCCUUAAGUGACCGGUAGGUGGCAGUGAGUACUCGUGAGUGUAAAUACACAGGUCUACCGUUCGUCAGAAGCAAGUGAACUCAGGGAAGAUUUAUAUGAAAUUGCGCAUUAAGCAUAAAUUAGAAUACAUAAACCAACAUUUCCAAAAUGAAUACAAGUCUACGCUGAUGUGUAGACGUUAUCCGUGUGCCUACUCGGGGGUUUGUUUCCCUCCAUUGGAGAAACGCUGUAAGUAGUCAAACUCGCAUAGAUCUCUACAAAAUGGCGGGUCGUGACUUCCGGUAAGUUGGUCCAGUCCCAAAAAUUAAACUGAAAAUUGACAGAGUCGUAACUUAGUUUGUAUUAUUAAUAUUAUUAACAGUCAACCAGAACAAUGACGACGCAAUUAAUAUUUUCCAGUUACUUAGUAAAACAACCGCCAGUCCACGAUGGUUGACAUGGUGUUAAAGUAUCAUUCAUAUUGUAGAUUAUUAAUCAUUUAAAUAUCGAUCAUGAAAUAAGUGUUCACGGACAUUAGAUUAAGCGAACAGCAUGAUAACAAACAUCAAUGUUCCGUUUAAUUUUACAUAAAUUGAGGAAUCGAUACCACCACACUUCUCCUUUUAGAAACGCUUCAUAAAGACUCAAACUCCCGUCGACCUUUGCGGGCAUGUAAACAGAUUGUGACCCGUCUGUUCCUUAUUGAUGUGUUUUUUUCUGUUACGGUAAAAUCAAACUGAUCGAUAAAUCUCGUGUUCUUCAUCUGGUGCACGAGGCUGCCUCGCCUCUGCAGCUAAAUUUAGCUCACGCGCUGACUGAGUGUGGAUUUGCUGACAGGCGGGUCUCACUUCCUCUUUCUGACGGGACAGGUCUGCUCUGCUCUCCUCCUCAGUGAAGACAGGAGAGACCAUGCCACCUCCUGACUUCAGCUGAGGGUCUGUCUGAUUUUAGUCUGACAGGAGCUGCAGUGAAGAGCUGGAGGCAGAAAGAUGAGGGGUCCGAACAGAACUGCAGCUGUCUGCAUCCUGACUCUGUGGUUCGGCUGUCUGCACGUGAUCGCCCUCAAAUCCAAACUUUUCACCAGACAUGGAGGGUUGCCUUCCUCCACUGAGCCUCCCAUCAGCUAUGAGACCUUCUACUUUGACCAGAAAGUGAGUUUGUCUUCAUUUUUUCACAGUUUUUACACCAUAAUGUUGUUUUUAUGUGUUGUCCUCUCCCGCUUCUUCCUCUUUCUCUUUAUAAAAAUCUCUGUAGCACCUCUGUCCUUUCAAGCACAGCAAAUAUAUACACAUCUUUUGUUUCAGGACAACUUCAGCUGUCAGUUUAUGGAGCAAAAUUUAUGUAAAUGAAUGUGACAGUAGAUUCAGAACCAUCAAAGUCAACCAAAAAACAAAAACAGAUAUUGAUACCAACAGUUUUUUUGCACAAAAACUCAUAAAUCUACUGUGACCAAGCCUUUUCUCACCUUAACAUCAUUCUCUCAAGUCUUGGCUAUCAGGAGAAGAAAUAUUGGGAUUGGAACAAACUCACAACAGAAACUAUUUACAUUUUUACACUAAUUCUUUUAGCUGUUUUUUACUAUUUACAGUUGUUUUUGCCGCUCCUUGAAGCAGUUCCUGUCUGGGAUGAGACAGAGGACCACAUCAUACUGCUCAGAAUCUCUUCUUUGCUUGUUUCCAAGAGCUGAGGACCAUUAUUUCUUAUUUUGCAGACAAGCAGGGAACUUUCUUGUCUGUUGUUGGACACUAGGGAACAAUAGAAGAAGAAUAUGAGACGUGUAAUUGGUCUGAAGUUUGACAGAAAGAGACGUCAUCGAAACAGCUUGUCAAACCCAGAAGACAUUAGCGUCAUUUAGCAGUCACAACAAUCUGAUAAAUAAUCCUGUUUUCACUGGUAUAUCACUGCAGAUUUACCAUCAAAUGUCUCUGAUCAAACACCUAUUUUUGUGGCUGGAUUGUAAACCUUGUGGCAGGUGUAGAAAUGACUGUAAACACUCGAUAGAUCGGCAAAAUGGUACGCUUUUGAACACUUUUCGUCCCAUAGAGAUACACGGUAUAGUUCCUUAGAAACUGUAAGCAAUAUUAACGGUGUCACGUGGGAUCACCGUCGAUCCAGUGGAGUUCUAAGUGUUAAAAUUUGAAUGUUUUUUAAGGAUCUGUGAUCCAUAAAAACAGGAACUAUCUCUUGCCUUGAAUAUCUAAUGUCUCAUAAUGACAUUAAAAGUCUCCUCUGCUCGGUCUAACCAUAUCAGGAUCUUUGAAAAAUGAAGCUCAGAGUGAUUAAUUUUGAAAACAAUCAGUAUUUACACAGGAGUUUAUAACUUUUACUUGUCUCUGUGGAAGUUGUGAGUGUGUUGUGUUUAUGCAGACAAUAGCUCUUCCUCCUGACUUCCUGUAGUGAAGGGAAAACCAUCUCAUUUGGCUCUGCUCCUACAAGCACAAGUGUGACCGUCCCUCUUGGCUCGCCGCCCGAAAAGGUCUCCGGGGGCCCUGGUGAAUGUGAAACACUUUACCUCAGAGGGAUUCGAGAGGUCUUCACUCAGCCUUAACGUUCCCCAUUACUGUGACUUCAUGGAGCAUCACAUUACACGUCGAGUGUUUGCAGUGGAUCAUAACGCAGCAUCACGCUCGCUGACUUGUGAAACUGACUCAUACAGUCACGAGACCGCGCUUCUGUCUUUAUGACUCUACUACUCCUACUACCACAGACAGACACUGUGAAAGGUAAACAAGAGCAGGCUAUGGCAUCGAAAAAACUGAGUUUGAUGGUUAACUAUCAUCAGACAGCGAGUCGAGGUAACGAUUUACCUUAAGAAUGUGUGAUUGCUGAGCUGUUUGACUUCAUUCCUGCACUCUGCACACACCGUAACAGUCAGUGGUGUGGUUAUUAUGAAAACUAAACACAGGUCAUGAAGGUGCAAUCAUGUGCUUCAUACUUGUAUCACAGAUUGGCAGUGUUAAAGCCUCAAACAGGACAGGAGUCAGACUCUUUUCACACUCAAACUGGACAUCCAACAACUCUGUCUGAAGACUUAAGAAACCCUGAACAUUAAAGCUCCUGUGGAGGUUUUAAGACGUACACUGAAAAUCUUAAUGAUAUACCAGUGCGAACAAGAUUAUAUGUAAUAUCAGUGUGAAGGUGUAGACGUGAGCCACACAGCUGAAGAAACAGCCCCGUGUUUAUAAUUUUCACGUGAAAUAUCCAAAAUUAAUCAAAGUCAGCAGGAGGAGAUUUCUUUGUCUGAACAUUACUUUAGCAUGUUGAUAAUGAGAUCAGCCAAAUCUGGUGUAAAAUCAGGAUUUUUAAUCAUAAGAGUGUGUAAAAUAACAUAAUCUGAGAGCCUGAAUGAGUAAAACAAACAGUCAUUAUUAGGGGGUUUGUAUCUGUUUCAGUGAGCUGAUCAAUCAUUUUUGCUUAUUUGACAAGAAGUCAGUUAAAUAAAUUCUCUGAAAUGGUUUCAAAUCUUAAAAUACUCUUAAAAUUUUAGGUAAAAUUGAAGAAAAUGUGGUCAUUUCUAUUUUGGGCUGAUGGUUGAUUGAGCCGACUCUGAAGAAACAGCCCCGUAUUUACAAUUUUCACAUAGAAAAUCCAAAAUUAAUCAAAGUCAGCAGGAGGAGAUUUCUCUGUCUGAACACUGCUUGAGUAUGUUUAGAUUGAGAUCAGCCAAAUUUUUAAUCACAAAAGUGUGUAAAAUAACAUAAUCUGAGAGCAUAAAUGAGUGAAACAAACAGUCAUUAUUAGGGGGUUUGUGUCUGUUUCAGUGAGCUGAUCAAUCAGUUUUGCUUUUUGAUAAGAAGUCAGUUCAAUAAAUUCUCUGACAUCGUGUCAAAUUUUCAAGAAGAAAAUUCAGCCAUUUCUGUUUUGGGCUGAUGAUUGAUCGAGUCGACUCAGGUUGAAGAGACGGUUCAGAGCUGUUUUCACUACAUUAAUCCAUACAAUAAUCAUCAGACAUGUGUAGUUUCAGUUCUUUUCUUUAUGAAGACUGAUGGUAAGACUGUGUCGGCACAAUAACAACACUCAACAAUAUUUGGAUAAGCAGACAAUGCUCCACACCUGGUCCCACCCCCGCCUUCCUGUCUAAUCAGCCGCACUGACAGCGUGAUAAAGACCGUUUCCUCUCCUCUGACGCUCUUUGUCUUGUCAGUUUUUCUUCUUCUUGACAAGCUCGACAAAUAAAAUCCCUGUUAUCCUUUUCUCUUCCCUCGCUGUGAGUCUGCUGCUUUUACAAAAGAAUAAUCAAUCAUACAGUCUUUUUUAUUUUUUAUUUUUUUGUUCCUCUCUUCGGGACGAGCUGUGAAGAGUGAGGGGAGCUCUUAGUGAUCCCCCCGGUCGUCCUGAGGAAAUCCUCUCGUCUGCUUCUUGCCUCCAGACAAUGAAUGGAAGUGUCCCUUAGCAUCCUCCUAAUGAAGUGUUGGCGUUCACUGAAGCUUUGAUUGUUUCCCUCUUGUCUCUGUUUGCAGGAUUUGAACUUGUGCAGAGGAUUUAAAGUUCCAGUAAGUGGACAAAACGUGAACAGAGUGCUGCCUCUGCGUCGUCCACAUGGUGGCAGUACUGAUCAGGGCGUGGAUUUGUUAUGAAACCCACCUCACCGGCUCUGUGAUGUGCAUACUGAGUGGGUGCAAGUGAUACAGUGCUCACUGGUGGUCCUCUUGGCAAUGCACUUCAUUCAGUUGACCUCUUCAGCUCAGGCGUUCAGACCAUUGAGAGUAUGACUGUUUUAUAACCCCGGUCAUUAAUGACGACUAAUAACUGAAUUUCUUUAAAUGAAGUGAUCGCCAAACUGCAGAACUUUUCCAUAAAACCGUCUCAUGGCCCCCUCACUCUGAAAAAAUGCCAAAUACUAAAGAGCAGAGGCUUGAAUACACACACUGAGAAUCUUUUUGCUGUCAUUGGCUCUUAAAAUUGUUUCCCUCUUUGUACCGCUGAGGAGAGAAGGAGGCGACGAGGGAGGAAAAAAAAAAAGAGAACAAAACAAAAACAGUCUGUAUUAAACGUUGGGACUGUUUCAAGGAUCGGACAACCGAGUACCCUCAUGGGGUCGUCUCUCCGCUCUGAAGUUGUUGGUUUUAUCUCGGCUUUUGUUUCAAACAGAAUGUGCGCAGAAUAAUUGAGGACUCAUCGAAAGUGGAACUAAUGUGGCAUCUCUUUAACGGCCUCCAACAUUUUUAGGACAAAUUGGGGCUAAUUACCCUAAAAUCAAACCUUGGGACUGUCAUAGUCGGCUGAUCAUAUUCAAUCCAGAUCACUUAGUGUGGACUGGGCCGCAUCAAAUUACAUCUAAUAUGCAGAUUAUAACUCUUGCUGUUUGUUUUCGCACAAAAGUUAAUUUUACUUUGAUUUCUUCGCUGUAGUUCAUGUUGAAUCUUUGGCUGAGAUGACCUGAAAACAAUAAGUUGUUUAUGAUAAGUUUGUGUUUUUGUGAUUUAGAUCGAUCAUUUUGGAUUCCUGGAGGACGGCACCUUCAAACAGAGAUACCUGGUGGCUUCCAAACUCUGGCAGCAGCCCGGUGGACCCAUUUUGUUCUACACUGGCAAUGAAGGCGACAUCACCUGGUUCUGCAACAACACCGUGAGUAUCCCAUCUGUUACCUUUGCGUUUACACCGCACAGAAUCCUCAGUCUAAUUCAGCUCCUGUCGUUGUUUCUCUUCAGGGAUUCAUGUGGGAGGUUGCAGGGGAGCUGGGCGCCAUGCUGGUUUUUGCAGAACAUCGUUACUACGGAGAGUCGCUGCCGUUUGGACAAGACUCGUACAGUGUAAGUGGAGAUGAAGUGUCAGCUAAUUCGGUCAAAUUGUGCAGAAAUUGUUUUGGAUUUUGGAGUAAGAAAAUGACCAAUGCCUCUCAGAGCGAGGAGGGAGGCGUCGUUGAUGUUGAAUCUCAUAAACGGCUCACUCUUGAUUUGCUCGACCUUUGCUUUGCAGGACAGCAAACACCUGAACUUCCUGACCUCCGAGCAGGCCCUAGCAGAUUUCGCGGUGCUGAUCCAGUACCUGAAGAAGACUCUAUCUGGAGCUCAGCACAGCCCCGUCAUCGCCGUGGGAGGGUCCUAUGGAGGGAUGCUCUCCGCCUGGUUCAGGAUGAAGUACCCGAAUGUUGUUGUUGGGUGAGAUGUUCUUCCAGUUUGAACCACCUGAUAGAAAAAUGAUAUAAAGAUGAUCCAGGAUGGUGAGAUGUUUUUUCUCCUCACUGUGUUUCAGAGCUCUCGCCGCCUCUGCUCCUAUAUGGCAGUUCCCUGGUAUGGUACCAUGCGGGGACUUCUAUAAAAUAGUGACGCAGGACUUUGCCAAGAGUGGGCCCAACUGUGAUUCAAACAUCCGAGAGUCAUGGAGAGCCAUCGGUAACGUUUCCUCCACCGGUGAGUCCUGAAAGUCCUGAUUCUCUCUGUGAGUUAAAGACAUUUGAAUUCAUCCAUUUUUACAUUUGAACAAUCUCUCCAUGUUUGUCCAUAUGCUCCACAUUCAUUAACAGUCCUCUAACGCUCACACAGCUGAUACUAAAACCUGCUGUCGGGUAUUAAGUCUGGAGCUCCUCCACAGAUGACAGAUUGGGAGGUAAAACCAUCAUAACUCCGAUCAUCUGAGCUCCUCAGUAUUCUGCUCAGGUCUAAGAAUAUAUGCUUUUACAAGAUCCCCUGAUACUUCUCCAUUAUCACAGCCUUAAACUGUAAGAGUAUUGAACCAGGUAGCACUUUUUUUUAUCCCUGCCAUCAGGGGUUUGAAAAUAGCAGUAAAAAGGGAGACAUCACUCAGGAAGGGCCUUGCAGGAAGGGUCGACAAGCUUUUUACUGAUAAGAUAAGAUAUGUAGCUCGUGUAGAUUUCACACUUGUCUGAAAGUUGUGAUAAAAGCUGCAUUACUGGGAGCAGGCCUGGUUAAACACUCUGACUUGUCUGCGGGUGGAGGAAUUAUGGUUCUCUGUAGGGGAGGGAAACGUUGGAAAGGGUCCAAGUAGUUUAGAAUUAUUCAGCAGAUUUAGGGAGAUUUUCUACAACGUUUUUAUCAUAUUUGUCGGUUUUUAAGUCAAUGAGAAGUUGCUUUUACAGUUUGAGUGAAAUUCAUUAAACAUAAACUUCCUAAAUUGUUUUAAAAAAGCAAAAUUUUAGUGAUUGAACAGUCGACUUAAGAGGUUUUCUACAAAAGAGGAUUAGAGCCACAAGAAGAGAAAAAAUAAUUACAGGAGAGAUUUUUUUUAAUUUCCAUCUUGAGAUUAAAGUCGAAAUGUAAAAAGUCAAGAGGAAAAAAAAUCUGAAUUUUGAGAUUAAAGUUAAAAUUCAAGAUUAAAAAAAUCAAAAUUACAUGAAUAAAGUCAGGAUUUCUACUUAAUCUCAAAAAAAAUUUAUUUCGAAUUUUUAAUUUUUUUGAAUCUUGAAAUUUCAACAUAAUUCACAAAAUUUCAACAUUUUGUAAUUUCAACUUAAAUCUCGAAAUUUCGACUUUAUUGACAUAAUUUCGAUUUAUUUUAUCUCAUAAUUUCCACUUUAAUCUCCUUCCUGUGAUUAUUUUUCUUUUCUUCAUGUGGCCUUAAACCUCUUCUAAUCCUUUUUCGUAGUUUUCUGAUUAAUGGUUCAGUUUGUUUUAGAAAAAAUAUCCGAAGUCUUGAUAGAGAACGAUUGUCAACAGUCCGGUGGUGACCCACAAGUUGAUCUAGUUUAACUGAUCUAUGACACAUUAACAGCAACAUUAGACCCAGACCUUUAAAGAUGCCGUCAUGCUGUAAUUCUGACUCCAAACAUGAGCCGAGAUUUAAAGUAAAAACUCACAGAAACUGGAGAGAGAUAAAUCUGAAGAACAGAAAACAGAAAGUGUGUGUAAUUUUUGUUAUUAUCUUAAAUGUUAUUAAAAAAAUAAGAGCAUCUGGAUUCAUUGGACAUUUAAGCAGAACUCGAGGUUUUGAAGCUUCACUUAAAGGGAUGAUGGUCGUUUAUAUUUACAUCUGAAAGGAUUAAUUCACAGUUUUAUUAAACAUGUAUGACCAAAGUUUGAUUGAAGUUUGUCUUUUGCUCUUUCUUGGUUAGCGUCCGGUCUUCAGUGGCUCUCAGAAGAAUUCAGUUUGUGCGCUCCUCUGAAAAACAAAAACGACGUCUUCAGCUUCAAGGCCUGGCUCCAGGAGACGUGGGUGAACCUGGCCAUGGUGGACUAUCCCUACGAAGCGAACUUCCUCCAGCCGCUCCCUCGCUGGCCGAUCCAGGUACAUCCCGCCUCAGUGCGUUCGUCGUGUCUGAGGAUUUCCAAGAGCGGUCUGUGUGAAGUUAUCCAAGAAGUUAUUCCGUCGCAGUUAAACUUCCCUUCCUCAAAGGCGUGUAAUUAAAUGAAACUUUGAUUUUUGUUUACCUUGAGUUAAGCGGCUGAUUUGGCCCGACAGCCGGUCCCUAAUUAAAAUGAAUGUGCUAGUUAGCCGAUUGUGUUACAAGUGUUUGUUGUGGUCUUCUGAGCUUUUGUUUACAACAGCUGCCAAUUAACUCCAUUAAUAUUCAUAAGGAUCUGGUUUCUUUUGGAUUUUAAGUAUUCUUUAGAUGAGCAGCUACAAGUAAGCCACCAUUCUUCUUCCUCUGUCGCACCGACGCUCCUUUCAUUCGCACACACCCCGUCAGAUCUCUGAGGUGUUCCUCUCAGGACGCUCACAUGGCGCCGCAGCAAAAGGAGGACAUUUGCCCAGAGCGGCUCAUGAGGCCAUUAAAACAAGGCCUCCGCUCUCUCAUUUGAAUGAGACUGUAACAAAUACUUCACCGCCGCACACUUGAUGGGAAGAGGAUUUCGCGUUUCCUGCCAAAAAUCGGAGAAAAAAACUGAUUUGUGAGACAGUUUUUAACAGUUUUCCGAUAUCAAAACAAAAGCUCAAUUCUUAGAAAAAGGCCAAAGACGGUAGAGUGGUUUACGUACUCGGGUUUAGUAUAUUCCCCCGGUCACCUUGGCCUGUCACGUGCAAAAACCGAGCCCUGCCAUUGACCCCCAACUCUCUGUCUGUUUGCUGUCCCCCCUUUGAGUGCCCCCAAAACAAAACUCUGACUCGUACGGCGCAUUUUUUUGUUCCCUUAUUUGCAUUAUUUAACCACUGAGAGGAUCUCCGAGCAGCAUGCAAGGUGUAAUAAAAACACUAAAUGGUCAUUUUGAGUUUUUUUUGGCCACUUCCCUCUAAUGUAUGCGACCCCUAUGGGUGGUGUAAGCGGUUUAGGCAGUGGGUGCAAAGAGGAGCUUUUUUAAUGACAAAGCUAAUGUGAUUAUCUGAGUGAGUGUGAGAACGGGGUAUUGAGGGCUUAGAGGAGGGAAAUCUGUUGGCAGAGAUGAAUGUAUAAGCCUAAUCCUAUCUGAAAAGUAAGGAGAAGAUGCUUUGGAGCAAUUGCAGUGUUUUUUUUUUCACGGUAUAAAUCUUUGGUUGGACAUGUCUGUGGCCCUCCUCAUCCAUCGACCACCAACUCCUCCCCGGCCCGUAGACAAAAGCCUUAGUAACAGACUCCACACUAGCACAGCUCCCCUCCAACCUCUAAACAAGAAAGCUCAGUUUCUCUGCCUCACAAAGAGCGCAGAACAACAGCCGCGGCCAACUCUGCUGCUGCUGCCGCUGCAACCAUAACAACACGCAGCAAAGUUAAACAAAAAGCUCAAACUCAAAUAUUUAUCAUCCGCGCGAUUAAUUCAGAGAAAUCAACCACGGCGGAACAAAGCGGGGCCAAGAAACUUCUGAAUUUGAAUUAUUUAGAUCACUGGCUUUGGGUAAAUUAAAGUUUUUCCUCUCGUGCCAAGAUUAGAGCUAUAAAUUCAAGUUCAUUCCAGGGAAUUUCAUAUGCAAAUCAGGCGCCACUACUUUUUAUGUGGAAAGACUUUAUGGGCGACAAGAAACCCAUCUUCAGUCUUGUAAACAGCAUGGAUGGAGGGGGAGUAGAAGUUACCAUGUUUCUCUGUAAGGUGAUUUGAAUAAAACUUUAGAGCUUCAUAUGGAUUCUUCUUUAAGUUAUUUCAGAGGCGUCGUUUCCUUUAUCGAGUAGGACAACAAAAAAGAAUAAAAAACAACAUAUGAAGAGUAAAGAGUGGGAGGAAAUAUGCAGCAAGGAGUCGAACCAGCGACUUCUGUGACCAGGACCACAGCCUCUCUCAUAGGGCUGGACGAUAUGGCCUCAAAUCAAUAUCACGAUAAAUUGAUCAGUUCACCUUGAUAACAAUAAAUGGACAAUAACUACUCCACAAGCUGCUCACCCCCUCCCACAUUAACUUCGUCUACUUCAGCCGCUCCAACUUUCUCUCCGUCCUCCAUCUCCUCACCUGUCUUUCCCUCUUUGUUAUGGACUGGAUGGGGUGGAGUCACGUCUCUGACGUAGGACAGCGUCUUACCCCCAAUUUCCAACGCAUCCGGAACGGCUACAAAAAGGCCAUACCCGCCGAUCGUAGCUGAUCGUAACCAUUCAAGUUAAUGUGUCGAUUUCCACCGGCUUCUUUCUGUUCCGCUGCGGAUCGCCAGACUCCGCAUCUAAUUGCAAGAGUUCUAUUUUUUUCCAGACGCCAGAACAUGCCGCAUAAAUUUAACACAGAUUAACCCGUGCUGGAAAGGAAGUCGGGCACAGACACAAAAUAAAACAUCCGUGUUUCAGGCGGAUUGCAUUUCACACCAUACAAAAAGGCAGGAAUCAUCGAGUGGCCCCCAUUGUUUCCACCGUCCAGAUGCAGUGGAAAUUCGGGGUGAAAGGGACAUGAGACCAUAACCUACCUACACACAUCCAAAACCAACUUUUAUGUUAUUUGUUGACAUUGAAUGUACCGAUAUGGUAAAAUGACGUUGGUUAUUGUCGUAAAUUUCUGUAUCUGUAAAUUCUCGGUUUCUCGCCCAGCCCUACUCUCUCACUAUUCUCUUUAUUUCCAGGUGGUGUGCAAACAUCUCGCCUUUGACUCCGCCGUGUCCGACCACCAGCUGCUGCAGGGUCUCUCCCAAGCAGCGAAGGUCUACUACAACUUCACAGGAAGCUCCGCCUGUCUCAACAUUUCUCAGACCGCCACCAGCAGCCUGGGGGAACUCGGCUGGUUCUACCAGGUGUGUGAGGAGACCAGUGUAGUCACAGGUGUUCCAGUUUGGAGGUUUACUUCACCUGUUCAAUCCUUCAUCCACAGGCCUGCACAGAGAUGGUGAUGCCCAUGUGCACGGAUGGCGUCCAGGACAUGUUCGAACCCGAGGACUGGAACUUCCAGGCCUUCUCCGACGAGUGUAACGCCAUGUUCGGCGUCAGGCCGCGAGCGGACUGGGCGGGCAUCGUCUACGGCGGGAAGGACAUCGCCUCUCACAGCAACAUCAUCUUCAGGUAAAGCUUGUUUAAAACUGAAGCAGAAGGUUGACCGUGUUUUCAGGGCUUUUCCAGCGCCGUAAAGAGCAAACCGAGUUUAACAGACGAAUUAAAAUCGCCCACCUGGACGUCCGGCCUCAGGAGCUGAAAUCAAGUUUGUAAAAGUUAAAUUAAAGAUUAGCGCCUCUGAGCUCUGUGCAAACAGCAGACUCAUAUCAGGCUGAAUACCAAUUAGAUGGAAGCUCACCUCGAAUGAUCGGAAAGCUGAGCAAUCACAAUUUUUAAAACGGGUGAUUUUAAAGAAACUGUAAUUAGAUUUCCCUCAAACCAAACAUUUAAAAUGAUGUUUUCAAGCGUCUAAGAAAUACAUUUUAUGAUUUUAUGUUCUUGUUUGAAUCCAGUUAUUUCCUCUAAAAUCACCAUAACUCAGUUUAUAAUGUUGAAAUGACGACAAAGUUAUGAAGUUAUCGUUGUUUUUGUGUUUACUUGAUUUGUUUCUCAGCCUACGACUGCGGUGUGUGUCGAACAGAAGUGACUCAGUCCUCUGCUCGUGUUUUUCAGUAACGGAGGACUUGACCCCUGGUCGGCUGGUGGAGUGACUCACAAUAUAACAGACUCUCUGGUUUCCAUUAUGAUUCCUGAUGGAGCACAUCACUUGGACCUCCGCUACAGCAAUGACUUUGACCCACCUUCAGUCCGCCAGGCGCGAGAGUUAGAGGUGAAGUAUUUUCGAGAGUGGAUCAGGCAGGCCAAGAGAAAACCUCAUCCUCGUCUCUGACAGCCGCACAGACCGAGUUAUACAAUCAGGAGGAAGGACAGAAAACAGGAGAGUUGAGAUUGAAGAGUGAAGCCAAAGAUUGAUUAUUUUAAAAUUCGACUUUUUUGUUGAAGAUCAAAACACUGAACUUGAUUUUAAACUCUUUUGAUUGUUUGGCGUCGUUACAGACACGCUCCUUUUCUCUUUUUUGCCAAAACUCAUUUUUCCAAAAGAGAAAUAUGAAAAAAAUAAAAAUAAAACAGAUCAGUUGUUAUGUAAAGCUGAGUGUUGAAAUGAGAAGAUGACAUUUCUCAGUUUUCUCAGAAUCAGAAGGUCGAGGUGCUUCACUUUGCCAAAAACAAAUCAAGUCCCUCUGCCUCCAAAUGUUAAAAAUCAAGGAAACAUUCAGAUUUCUUCAAGUACGCUCGUUUCCUUUCUGUCGUUUAGUUUCAUCAUCACAAACCUGCUCCUGCUGUCAGCUUUAUUGAUCAGCUGUUGUUUCUGUUUAGGUGUUUUUCCUCUUUUAAAUCAGGUCUAUACAGGGAAACUUUCACAUGAAGUCUCAGGAAGGAGAUCUGACAGGGAAAUCAAAAACUUGGUUUGUUAUCGUUCGUGAAAGACCAGCGUCUUCAUCAGUUUUUUUAGAUUUCUCUUGAUACUGUUUUUAUUUCUUCUUUCUAAAGCAAACUUUCAGUGCCACUGAUUAAAAAAUGAAACAAAA